AUGUACUGGACCCUCCACUUCAUAGUAUCCCGUCUCCCUGACUCUCUCAGCUCGGUCAGGGACCACUUUCUCGCUCGCUGUCCCACCGAGCUCACUGUCAACCUCCUAGAGGAGCGCGACUCCUUGCAGCAGAGAAAAGCAUUGCCCCUUGGGAGGCGUCGCAACAGCAAGGGCAAGGGAGCCAAGGGUAGCGGAGGUGGCACCGGGGGGGGUGGUGGUGGAGGCGGUGGAGGAGGAGGUGACGGAGGGACUGGUGGCGGGAGUGCUGGCGGGAGUGGUAGCGUCGAUAGCGGCGGUGACCGUAAGGGUCAGACGUGCAACAAGUUCCACACCCAGCACCGCUGCUUCUCCCGCCUUGACGACGCUUGGCGUGAGGAGAUGGGUGAGGAAUGUGAGAGCCCUCGCUGA